GCCUCCACACUCUCCCUCCAGAGAAAAGAAACCAUCUAUCUAAAUUAGCUGUGCUUCCUCGUCCCUCGUUUCUCCCUCCGCCAGCCGCCACCCCCACCCCUUCCAUUGUGUAGUGCAUUUAGCUUCCCUUCCUGCGUGAGACCUUAACCUCGUUUGUAGCAGGAGGGAUUACUAAGAAUUUCGGAACCUUGAGUUGCAAUGGAGCUGUAUGGAAAGAUGGCCUCUGCCCAAGAUGCCAGGUAUGGCCAGAAAGACUCCUCUGAUCAGAACUUUGACUACAUGUUCAAAUUGCUCAUCAUUGGCAAUAGCAGUGUGGGGAAAACAUCUUUUCUGUUCCGUUACGCGGAUGACUCCUUUACAUCUGCAUUCGUCAGCACAGUUGGGAUUGAUUUCAAAGUCAAAACUGUAUUCAAAAAUGAAAAGAGAAUCAAGCUUCAGAUUUGGGACACAGCAGGCCAGGAAAGAUACAGGACUAUCACCACAGCCUAUUAUCGUGGAGCCAUGGGCUUUAUUUUAAUGUAUGACAUCACAAAUGAAGAAUCCUUCAAUGCAGUACAGGAUUGGUCAACUCAAAUCAAAACAUACUCAUGGGAUAAUGCCCAGGUUAUCCUGGUUGGGAACAAAUGUGACAUGGAAGAUGAGCGAGUCAUCUCAACUGAGAGGGGCCAACAUUUAGGAGAACAGCUUGGUUUUGAGUUUUUUGAAACAAGUGCCAAGGAUAACGUUAAUGUGAAGCAGACAUUUGAGCGUCUCGUGGAUAUCAUCUGCGACAAAAUGUCCGAGAGUUUGGAGACAGAUCCAGCCAUCGCUGCCGCAAAGCAGAACACGAGGCUCAGGGAAACCCCGCCUCCACCGCAGCCCAACUGUGGCUGUUAGUGUCCCGGUACAGGCAGCUCCAGAGGGGUUGGUUGCUAAAAAUAACAUUUAUAAAUGGUCAAUUAGCCUUCAUUUAUACUGCCUAAUAAUUAUUUGAGGGAAAUCUUUGAUGUCUGUGGCUCGAACAUGCAUUCAAUUCCAGGGAGAUUUCCAGUGUUAAUAAGUGACAAAUAUGUGAUCUUAACUUUGUAAGGAAUAUCCAUCUAUAAACAUCAGAUGUUUGCAUGUGAUUUGUUAUUUGUCUUCUAGGCUCUUUUUGUUUCAGGUUUCUUAGAUUAAGCUACUGCUGGGACCUCUGAUUAUAAUUUCAGUACAACUGAGUUUUGGGCUACGGGUUCAAAUUAUGCUAUUCACUUGUAGGGAUGAUAACCAAGAAAUUGGUUGUGUGUGUGGUGUGAGCAGGGCGAGAUCUCAGGAGGCCUUAUUUGCUUUCCUCUCAAUCGAAAAUCAAGUGGAAAUGUUACUCGUGAUUAGGGAGACUGUCAUGGGUCUGGUUGGUUUACUGUUCAGGAAACGUAUCUAUUUUUCAGUGUUAUUAUAACUGAGAAGACCAUUGACUAUAAAGAACUUGAAAUAUCGUUUAAGGCCCUUGCAAAUUUACCAAGAGAUUAAUAUUUACCUGACUGGAAGUAGAUUUUAACAGUAGUCUUAGUUUAAAUAAGGAAUACCUAACCCAAGACUGCACCACCCAACAUUCUGAAUAUUUGAGGGCACUGACAGACAGAGGUAUCUGCUGAAUGUGUUAUUGUAACAAGCGUCUUAACCAAGAAGGAUAUGAGUAGCGGUGGGAUUCCAAGGCCUGAGCUCCCCCCCAUGACAUAUACCACCACGACUUUCUGGAACAGAUACCAACUCUUGGAACAGAGGUUAAGUUGAAGCUUGUUAGAGCACCUCUUCCCAUAGGAUGUAGACUUGCUUUCCCAAACAUUGCCUUCUGUUCGCACCUCCCUAGGUUCUUUUACCUGGCUAGAAGUCAGUUAAACAGUAUCUCCAUGGCUCUCAGAUUGAGGAAAAGACAAUUAUCAUCUCUAAUCUUUUUCAAUCCAAGUACUUAUACCUUUAAGGCAUAUCCCCAUUCUGUAAGCCUUUAAACAUGCUUAAGUUACUCAGAGACCUCUCUUUGGAGCUGAGAGCUACAGAAAAAUCUUAGGGCGCCAUAAGCAAUUUGAGAGGAGAAAGGAAACCAUUUGAACACCCAGAUUCUUUCUCCUAGAGAUUCUUUCUCCUGGAUUUCCUGAAGACCAUAUAUGAUUAACAAGCAAACCAAUCCCACCAGCGAUUCUAAGUGAGGACUGAAAAGAGACACAGCAUCUGUAUCACCACCCAGCAUUGUUUACGGCUAGGACUUUAAGGCAGCAGGCACACAUUGGCAUAUUUGGAAGGGCAGUUCCAUUAAGUGAACUUUCCCCUUUUUUGGUGAUCAUGUAAAAGAUUUUUUUUCUCUUUUCAAAAACAGAGACACUUCCCAUGAAAGUAUUGAGGGCAAGAUUCUUGAGCAAGGAUAUUGAUAGGGAAGGAUGCAUAUCUAAAGAGAUCUCUGGAGGAUAAAUGCCUGCAAGUCAGGGAACUAGGUCACAUAUAUUACUAGUAAGUUAGAAGAUGAAAAUUACAGGAGAAAGCAUUUGGGAUGUCUUAAGCAUAUCCACAUUCUUAUUAUUGUUCAUCUUAGCUUAAGAUCCACUAAUUGGCAAUAAAUCUUCACUUUGGCACUGUGCAAGGUAGACCUUAGCCUAGUGAAGACAAGAAGACAUUAAUGCUUUAUUAGAUUUUAAUGGGGCAACUAGCUUCAAAAAUCAAGAAAUUAAAGUGAAGGGAAGAAAGAGAAGGCAGGGGCCAUCAAAGCAGAUUUGUUUGCAACAGAAGCCUGUUUGCAUGAUAUUGUAAUAUUUCUUUAACAUGGUCUAGAAAAUGGCCAUGUUAAAUGAUAUAGCUGUUAAGCUGACUUUUACGAGCUAAUAUGAAGCAACAGAACUAGGAAGACCUUCGCAUCCUCUCUCAGACCUGAUCUCACAUACAUACGUACAGAUGUCAGGGACCUCAAUAUGAUGUCUCAGGUGGCUUUUUCAGAAGAACAUUGAUAUGCAUAUUAUUGUAAAAUGGAAAGCAAAAUCAGAGAGGGUAGAAAAUGGGAAAGAAAGUUGAGUUUUGCCCUCUUGUAAACUCCCUCCCUGAAGAGCUAAUUGCCAUUGAAAUUAAACGGCUCUAGAACCAGAAGACCUAAGCCAAGUACCCACUUACACAAUGUCAAACAUACCAGACUUGAGCUACUGUAUGCCAGUCGGGAGCAUAAUGCAAGAAUGGCCCAGGUGUCAGUGCCAAGGGACAUCCAAUAAUUUCUCUUUUUCAAACCUCCAUGGAAGUAGAGGCUUACUAAUUGAUUCUCCGUUCUGAAGCCCCUACCCCAGUGUGAAUUUCUAAGUGAGACGCUUCCAAAAAGGAUCGUCACAGAGCUCAAUGAAUUGAGCACCUAUGCUCCUGCUGUAAAGCACAUGGAAAGAGAGAAAAAUUCUCGACUCUCGACAUCAAGAGAUCCUGGUUUUAAAAUCAAGUUUGGCAAAAGAAGAACCAGCCUAGGAUUAACUAAGUAAACUUCUAUUGGCAUCAAGCUAUAUUAUUUAUAACACUGUGGUUCCAAGGUUUUUCACCCUUUAGGCCAUCAUGCACACAAAUGUGUAUACACACACACAUGCAUACAAUAUCUCCCAUAUUCUGUCUGCCAACAGCUUAAAUAACCACAGGUCAUUUUUACUAAUGGCCUAAAUUUGUAUUCAAAAGAUCAAAGACAUCUUACAAAGUGUAUGUUUGUGUUAGUGUGUAAAUUGUAGACAGCCAUCUUUUGUCUUUGAUGCAACUCAAUUAGCGUCUCAAGAACAAAUUUCUCUUCCUCUGUCACCCCUCUCAUCAUCACCCCAUCCCUCCGAUUACUUUUAUAAUCAAACCUUGAUUGUUUUGAGCAGAUACUUCCAAGAGCUUUGGUUUGGGGACAUUCCUUUCUGUUCUAAAUGUAAAUGAAAAAUUGGACUGGAAAUUAUUUCCUCUAAACAGCCAUUUAGGACUUCCCUGGUGGCACAGUGGUUGAGAGUCCGCCUGCCGAUGCAGGGGACACGGGUUCGGGCCCCGGUCCGGGAAGAUCCCACAUGC